GUCGGCGAGAAGCGGCAGCAGCCGCUUGUUUUGGAAUACACGUGGGUUCGGUCUGCACCACUGUCAAUAUCGCUAGAAUUUAACACAUUAAAGAUGAAGCUUUUAACCCACAACAUAUUAACUUCUAAAUGUUUAAAAGGUGUAACCGUUGGCUAUCCACUAGGAAUUGUUGCCAAAGAAGUUAAAGUAAAUGAAGUUGAAUUCAACCCUGAGUUCAUUUCUCGCAUGAUUCAAAAAGUGGAUUGGCCAGCUCUUUGCAAAGCUGCAGAAAAUCUGGGGCAUUUAGAUGAUUUACCCCCUGCUGUCGUGGAAGAUUAUGAAAACAAUGAAGAAUUCUUGAAAAAGGCUCAUCACUUCCUAAUGGAGAUUGAAGUCAUAAAUGGAGAUUUGGUGUGUCCAGAAACUGGAAGAAAAUUCCCUGUCACAGAUGGAAUUCCUAACAUGUUGGCAAAUGAAGAUGAAGUAUAAAUUGAAAACUGAAAAUAAAAAAUUCAAACAUGUCUUUUCAUUCCUUGUAAUUCAGCUCAUUUUCCAUUCCAAUUCAAAGAUUGAUACAUUAUUUCACCAUCCUCAUUCACAGUA